AAUCGUCAUUGUCAUUGUUUUGAUGGUUUUGAUAUUUUGAUUACUCAAAAUAUUUAUUUUAAAGCUUCUCCCUUUUUGUCUCCUGAUAUUUAGAUUUUUGAAUUUCUUAGCAGUGAUUGAUCAAUAAUAAUUUUUUUUGACAUUUCGAGACAAAUAUUGAACUCAGGAUGGCGGAUUCAACGGCUUGGACAAAUACUCGAGUAGCAUUAAAAGACUUUAUCAAGCUUCUAAAUUGCAAUAAAUGCGAAGAAAGGCCAACGGAUCCUAUAAGAUACAUCGAUUGUCAACAUCUUUUUUGCUCCAGUUGCGUGGAGCAAGCCACGACUUGUUUAAAGUGUGGCAUCCCAGUUCGACCAGCAGACAUAAGACCAGAUCAUAUCGCAGCAACUAUUAUCGCCGGUUGUGAUGAAAUCGCAGAAAUAAUAUUUGCCGAUGGCAGCGUAGAAACGAAUGAAAAUAUGGAUGUGGUCGACGACGAGACGAACAUCGAAGAAUUUCAUAAUGGAAGUAAAAUAUUUACUUCGACAAAAAUUAGGAAAGACCUUCAGAAAGAAACAGUUCUUAAGGAAAAGCAGAGCACGACUCUGGUAGAGAGCGAUGGAUCGGAUAAAACUGAAAAAAUGCCAUCAGAUGAUGAAACAAAAUUAAACGAUUCCGAUGAACUUGAACUUCCGAAUACGACAAAUAGUGUACCAAGCUGUAUAAUUCCGGAAACAAGUCAGUCAAAAAAACCUUCUCGAAGCCAAAAAAUUUUGACAAAGAAAGAUUCCAGGAAGGUCCCGAAAAUUAUCGACAAGAGAAAUAAAAAAGGGGAAACAUUAUUGCAUCAGGCUUGCAUUAAGCAACAAGAGGAAGAAGUUAGAUUCUUAUUGGAACAUGGCGCCAAUCCAAAUACGAAAGAUAAUGCUCACUGGACUCCUUUGCAAGAAGCUGUUUGCUAUGGUUUGUACAAUAUUUGCGAGAUGCUUCUGGAAAAAGGAGCUGUGCCAGACACGCCUGGCGUAGAUAAUAAAACAGCACUUCACGAAGCAGUGAUAAAGAAUAAAUACAAAGAAGCAGCUUUGCUUUUAUGUUACGAUGCGAAUCAAAAUGUAUUCGAUAAUCAGGGAAAGAAGCCCAUCGAUUAUUGCACUACAGAGGAAAUGAGAAAAGUCCUCUGUCAAGAUAAUUUAUUGAACGAAACGAGAGAAAAGUUGGGUGAUAUGAGUCUCCCUUUAAAUCGGUCUAUCGGAUCAGGAAUGACCAAAAUCGUUAUCCUGGCUUGUGCUUUAAGUAAAUCAACGUCUGCUGCCUUAUCGCAACUGACUUCGAAGCACAAAGCCAAAAUUGUAAAUGCAUUUGUACCAAGUGUGACACACGUCAUAAUCGAAGUUGAAUCUGAUGAGCAUCCCUUUCGGAAACUUACUUACGAUAUUUUACUUUCUAUUCUUCACGGAAAAUGGAUUUUGAGUAGUAAUUGGAUCCAAAUGUGUCUUCUGCCAGAAACGAAGGAUUUGAGAGAAGUGAAUUUAGAGAUUUUUGAGGUGAAGUGUAUAACUUACGAAGGAACGCCAACUCGAGCGAGACUUAAUGCAGAAAAACAAAAUCCUGGUUUGUUCAACAACUGUUCCUUUUUCUUCGCACUGAAUUCAUCCGCGACUUACACAGUCGCAGAUAUAUCGUUCACAAAGAAAAGUCUAACUAGACUCGUCGCCGAAGGUGGAGGAACUAGUUUAUCCAGAGAACCAAAUCCAGAAGACGCAACGGAAGUUAAACAAAUUCCUUUUCACGUCGCUCAUGAUGAGAAUAAUCCUCUUUACAACUGUUCCUAUUAUAUUAUUUAUUCGCCCGGCAAAGAAGAGCCCCGUGUGAAGUACAAAAUGCCGCAUUUAAAAUCUUUGCCGCUCGUUUGGUUCAUUGAGUGUAUUGAAAGAUUUGCUCUAGUAGAUCCUGGUCUCUAUGGCAUAGAUUGUUAAUUUUACGAGAAUAUAUUUUUUUUUAAUUAAGAAAGUUCAAUCUAGACAUGGUUUUUUCUAGUCUUGUAAUAAAAUUACUUUCAAAAAGUAACACCGCGAUUUGUGAUUUCAAGAAUUGGUUACUCAAAUAAUU